AUGAAAAGAGGCAACCAGUCCUGUUUGACCGAGAUUGUGUUUGUGGGCUUCUCAGACUUCCAGAGCAUGCAAGCUCUCCUUUUUUUGCUGGUACUCAUAUUCUACUUGGUGGCAUUGAUUGGGAACAGCCUGAUAUUGAUCAUCACGGUUGCCGAGCCUACCCUUCACACACCAAUGUACUUCUUCCUCUGGAACUUGUCCUUUUUGGAAAUCGGCUACACCACAUCCAUCAUCCCAAAGACGCUUGAACAUUUACUGUCAGAGAAUCAGACCAUAUCCUUUGUAGGCUGCGGGAUUCAGAUGUAUUUCUUUAUUUUCUUUGGUAUUACUGAGUGUUGCCUUCUUUCCGUCAUGGCAUUUGACCGCUACGUCGCCAUCUGUAAACCUCUGCAAUAUACCUGCAUCAUGAGCCCUAAGGAAUGUGCUCUGCUGGCUUCUAUUUCAUGGGCCAUUGGUAGUUUGGUGGCUUUGGGCCAGUCCAUUUCUAUAUUUACUCUUCCCUAUUGUGGCCCUAACAGAAUCAACCAUUUUUUCUGUGAUAUUCUGCCCGUUUUGAGACUGGCUACCACUGACACCUUCAAGAAUGAAGUGGCAGUUGCUACGGUAACUGUGUUCUUUAUCCUGGUACCAUUUUUGCUCAUCCUGUUGUCGUACAUGCUCAUCAUCGCCACCAUCCUAAGGAUGCCUUCAGCCAAGAACAGACGCAAAGCCUUCUCCACCUGCUCCUCACAUCUCAUUGUCGUUUCUCUUUUCUACGGAACUGUCACUUUCACCUACGUUCGACCCAAAUCAGUCUAUUCCCUGGACAGCGACAGGAUCCUUUCUCUCCUCUAA